AUGGAGCUUCUCAGAUCUGGUAGGGCUUCUGUUCUAGUUAAUGGGUCCCCUUCUGAUGAAUUCCAAAUCCCACGAGGCUUGAGAUUAGGCGAUCCCUUUUCCCCUUUUUUGUUUAUUCUGGUGAUGGAAGGGCUCCAUGUAGCUUUGCUUAAAGCUCAUACCGCAAAUGUGUUUCGAGGCAUUUCUAUUAAUCGGAUUGAUAUCUCAUACUCGUUUUAUGUUGAUGAUGCUGUCUUGAUGUCUAAAUGGGACCCAAAAAAUGUUUCUCGUGUCAUUCGUAUCCUGCGGUGUGUUUACAUAGCUUCAGGUCUAAAAAUCAAUUUACAAAAAUGUAAGUUGAUUGUAGUGGGAGUUCAUUUUGCUCAGGUUAAUGUGGCAGCUCGUAAGGUUGGGUGUGCUCCAGAUUCUUGUCCUUUUAUUCAUCUUGGAGUCCUAGCUGGUCAGAAUAUGUCUCGGAUUUCUGCUUGGUCUUCUGUUGUUGAUCGUUUUCGCUCAAAACUCUUAGGUUGGAAAGCGAAAUAG